CCGCGUUCCGGGCCCGGUAGUUGAGAACGAGCCGGCGAUAAGGGGAACGGAAAACGGAAAACACCGAAGUGUGACACAAAGAGUCUCUUAAUCGAGGAAAGACCAGGACAACUAACCCCAGAACCUCAGAACCCGCCUGGAACAGCACAGCCAACACUCACGUUUGCCGUCGGGUCGGACGCUCAUCAUGGAGGGGAGUAAGCUGGCACCGCUUGUUCUCUUGGGCCUUGUUCUGGCUAUGUUGCCCUCUCACACAGUGACUGUAGCAGUUAUGUCCGUUGACCUGGGCAGUGAGUGGAUGAAAAUGGCGAUAGUGAAACCUGGUGUGCCGAUGGAGAUUGUUCUAAACAAGGAGUCGAGGAGGAAAACACCCACGGCUGUAUGUCUGAAGGAAAACGAAAGACUUAUAGGAGACGGUGCCUUGGGAGUGUCUGUGAAGAACCCCAAAACUGUUUACAGACACCUCCAAGGCCUCCUGGGCAAAAAGCAUGACAACCUCCAGGUUGCGCUCUACCAAAAACGUUUCCCUGAGCACCAGCUGGUGGAAGACCCAGUAAGAGGCACAGUCUACUUUAAAAACUCAGAAGAAAUGCAGUUCACACCUGAGGAGCUCCUCGGGAUGCUGCUCAAUUAUUCUCGCGUACUCGCUCAGGACUUUGCAGAACAACCAAUCAAAGAUGUAGUGAUCACCGUCCCAGCCUUUUUCAACCAGGCAGAGCGCAGGGCAGUCCUGCAGUCUGCACAGAUGGCCGGUCUGAAGGUCCUUCAACUCAUCAACGACAACACAGCUGUGGCUUUGAACUAUGGGGUGUUUAGGAGGAAAGAUAUAGACAACAAUAUUAAGAAUGUGAUGUUUUAUGACAUGGGCUCAGGCAGCACAACUGCCACCAUCGUCACUUAUCAGAUGGUCAAAACCAAGGAGGCCGGCAGCCAGCCCCAGUUCCAGAUCCGAGGAGUCGGGUUUGAUCGUGGGCUGGGGGGCUUUGAGAUGGACCUGCGCCUCCGGGACCACCUAGCCAAACUCUUCAACGAGCAGAAGAAGAGCAAGAAGGAUGUGAGGGAGGACCACCGGGCUAUGGCCAAGCUCCUCAAAGAGGCUCAGAGGCUCAAGACGGUGCUCAGUGCAAACAUGGAGUUCAUGGCCCAGGUGGAAGGUUUGAUGGAUGACAUUGACUUUAAAGCUAAGGUUACCCGGACUGAGUUUGAAGAGCUGUGCGCAGACCUCUUUGAGAGAGUGCCGGGUCCGGUGACGGAUGCUCUCGCCACCGCAGAAAUGAAGCUGGAUGAAAUUGAGCAGGUGAUUUUAGUUGGUGGCUCCACCCGUGUCCCCAAGGUUCAGGAAGUGCUGCUCAAAGCUGUGGAGAAGGAAGAGCUGGGGAAGAACAUCAAUGCAGAUGAGGCAGCAGCCAUGGGUGCGGUGUACCAGGCCGCUGCCCUCAGCAAGGCCUUCAAGGUCAAACCUUUCCUGAUUCGAGACGCAGCGGUUUUCCCCAUCCAGGUGGAGUUUAACCGGGAGAUGGAGGAAGAGGGUAUCAGAAGCCUUAAACACAACAAGCGCAUCCUCUUCCAAAGAAUGGCGCCCUACCCCCAGCGCAAGGUCAUCACAUUUAACCGCUACAACGCCGACUUUGCCUUCUACAUCAACUACGGCGACCUCAGCUUCCUCAGUCAGGAUGACCUCAGUGUGUUUGGCUCUCUCAACCUGACCACCGUCAAACUAUCUGGAGUAGGCGACAGCUUCCAGAAGCACACAGACGCAGAGUCAAAAGGCAUCAAAGCCCAUUUCAACAUGGAUGAAAGUGGGGUGUUGCUGCUGGAUCGGGUGGAGUCUGUGUUUGAAACCAUUGUGGAGGAGAAAGAAGAGGAAUCAACCUUAACUAAACUGGGAAACACCAUUUCUACCUUGUUUGGAGGAGGAUCGCCAGAACCCGCCUCUAAUGUAACUGAACCUGUCCAGGACGAGGAGGAAGUGCUUCUAGAGUCUGGAAAGGAAGGCGAGGACGAGGCACAGGCGGGCGAGGACGAGGCACAGGCGGGCGAGGACAAGGCACAGGCGGACGAGGAACAGGCAGACGAGGCACAGGCAGACGAGGCAAAUGCGGACAAGGCACAGGUGAACAAGGCUGCCAAAGAGGAGCAGGAAGAUGAAGAGAAAAGUGCAGGUGAUGAGAAAAGUCAGGAGAAGACUGAGGAGGCAGGAAGCAAGGCUGAUGCCAAGGAGGAGGAUGAAGAGAAAUCUGGGAACGCUGAGGCAGAGAAGGAUGCAGAGAAGAAGGCAAAACCUCAAAAAAAGAGCAAGAUUGCAGAAGACAUCACAGUGGAACUCGUCAUCAACGACAUCGUCGACCCAACGGCAGAUGAUGUCACUUCCUCUAAGAAGAAGCUGCAGGAUUUGACAGAGAGAGACCUGGCCAAACAGGAAAUGGAAAAGUCCUUGAACAGUUUGGAAGCAUUUAUCUUUGAGACGCAGGACAAGCUGUACCAGGAUGAUUACCAGCUGGUGGUGUCGGAUGAGGAGAAGGAGCAGAUCUCCUCCAAGCUGAGCAAGGCGUCGGAGUGGAUGGACGAGGACGGCUACGCGGCCCCCACCAAGCAGCUAAGAGAGAAACUGUCUCAGCUGAAGAGCCUGUGCAAGGACAUGUUUUUCAGGGUAGAGGAGCGACGCAAGUGGCCUGAACGCCUGGUCGCCCUGGACAGCAUGCUCAACACCUCCAGCUUCUUCUUGAGGAGUGCCAGACUGAUUCCAGAGGAUGACCAGAUCUUUACAGAAGUUGAGCUGAAUGCGUUGGCCAAAGUGAUCAACGAAACAACGACGUGGAAGAACAAGACGGUAGCAGAGCAGGAGAAACGCUCUACAAUGGAGCGGCCGGUCCUGUUGUCCAAAGACCUCGAGGCCAAGCUGACUCUUCUGGAUCGAGAGGUGAGCUACUUGCUCAACAAGGCCAAGUUUGCAAAGCCCAAAGCUAAAGCCAAAGCCAAGAACGGCACCAGCGCUGAUAAAAGCACCACGGCCAACACCACGGCCAACACCACGGCCAACACCACGGCCGAGGAGAAAGUCAUCCCCCCCUCAAAGGAGAACACCGACACCAAGACAGAAAACCAGGAGGAGGUGCAGCCGGGCAAAGCCCCGCCCACUGAAGACACCACAGACUCAGACAGCCAAUCGCAGCCCACAGAAGAAACCUCAACUCCAGGAUCAACAGAGAAGGCCCAACCUGAGAGCCACAUAGACGAUGAAUUAUAACAGCUGGAACUGGAAGAAAAAAGAAAAUCACUAUUUAUUGACUGUGUAUAAAUAUGUUAGUUCCUUCUCACAAUGUUUUUUUUCCUAUUUGUUUUUUCUUUAAUUUUGUCUUUAUGUCCUUGUUUAUUGAACUGCUGGAAGCUUAUUGGAUAAGGAUUGGAGACUUCUCAUUCCCCUCCCGCUUCUGCGCUCUUCAUCUCUUGUCUCUCAUGAGUUCUAUGAGCAACGGACACUUAAACACCAUGAAGAACCAGUUAACAAAAAAACUUUAGAUGGCGGUCCAGACAAAAUCCCUUCUCCCGUCCAACAUAAGAUCACAUCCAUGCUGAUGGAGAGGCGUAACAGCGCUGGGCCACAUUCUACUUGUAUGGCCACUUGACCGGGCUGAGAUGAGUUAUAUUGUCUGGUUUGUCAUUCAUGAAAAUUAACGUUGUCUUCUGCACUGUAUCAUCAACAACUCUGUUGCUGUGAGGUUAGUAUUUGUAAAAUACAGUCCUUCAGAGGCUCCUCAAUGAAUCCUAAUCCAGAUUUGAUUUGGCCACACAGUUUCCAUGUAUAUUUGUAAACUGUGACAAAAAGGGCGAACCACUUCAUUUACAACCAGUCUAUUUGGAAGUACAGUCAACUUUAAUCUGGUGAAUAACUUUAACUACAAAUCUGUCACAACUACUGAUGGUAUAAUAGGAAGUCAUACUUAGAUUACUGACUGGGCUUUUAGAAGCAGCAGCCUCUACUAACAUUUCACCUAUAGAGUACGAUGGCUGGUAUACUUGAGCCGAACUUGUUUACUGGUGAACGUCCAACAUUACACACCCGCUGUAGUUUAUUUCAAGUUUAAUUUUCGAAUUAUUCCCUGAAUCAUGAUAAUCUCCUGACUGUUUGGGUCCAUCAUGUAGCAGUCUGUGUUGGACAGUGUCCUCUCAGCUGCUCCUGUAUUUGUAGACACAGCUUGUUCUGAAACUGAGAAACUAAAAUUACUGAAUAUCUUUUUCUUCUACCGUUGCCAUUAGAACCCUUGAGGAGCUUGAAUGUGUUUCGGUGACGAUGGUUAAACUCCAUGGUUUUAUUUUUUCAUAGUCUCAUGAGCUGCUAAAUGUUGUAGAAGAGGUGGUGUGUCGGUGUCCUCACUGUUCUGUACCUCAACUUGCCCUACACUGCAGAUUCUUGCUCAGAAGCUCCAUAUUUUUCUUUUAACGGGGAUGGGGGCGGCGGGAGGGCGAGACUUGGAUCAGGACUUUGGGUCGGCUGUGUGCUUUUGUGUUUGCAGCUAAACGAAAAGUCCGGAACGGGAGAAGCAAACAAUGUUGUGUUUCUAAACUGUUAAUAAAAAAAAUCUUCUGUUUUUAA